CACAAUAUCGUGUAUGAUUGUUCAAGAAGUAAAAUAAAUGUAUAAGAGUCCAUAUUUUUAAACACACAAAGUAUUGUUCUCUUUUGGUACCCUAGGAAUUUACACGCUUUUUGCUUGUGUUGGUCCCGCUGAUCUCACCUGAGUUUCGGGUUACACUUUCAUACCUCAUUGCAGAAGGAAAUGGAGGACGCACCUGCCUGAGAAAAUACAGCUGCUUUGUCGACACUUGCUCGGACGUCCUUUACAUACCUUUGAGGAAAUUCAAGUUUUUAAAGCUCAAAUGUUUUAAAAGAUUUUUAGAAAAUAUGUCGCUGGGUAUAAUCUUCACCUUCAUCUUGUUCACAGGCUGCACCACAGCCGUCAAUGUGAUCUGCCCUAACCCACGAUACGUGGUCAUAUUAUUCCAGCCGGUCACACUGAGCUGUGAUUUCUCUACAACCGCUACAAACGCACCAGUGGUCACCUGGAAAUACAAGUCCUACUGCAGAGACCCGAUCCAAGCUGCAUUAAACCCCAGCAGUGCUGACAAUGCUAUCGCUCAGUCCAACCCAAACUACAACCCCAACAUCGAGUGUGCAGACAGCGCCAGGACCGUUCGCAUAGUGGCUUCGAAAGAAACAACGGUCACGCUUGCGAAAGAGUACCAGGGCCGUCAGAUCAGCAUAACAAACAAGGCAGACCUUAGCUUUGUUCAGACCGCGUGGGGUGACAGUGGCGUGUACCUCUGCAGUGUUGUCUCAUCCCAGGACCUUGUAGGGAAUAGCGAGUGUUAUACAGAGCUUAUUGUGCUUGACUGGUUGUUAGUGGUGUUGGUGGUGCUGGGCUUCCUGCUGCUGAUGCUCCUGUUGGGUAUCUGCUGGUGUCAGUGUUGCCCUCACACCUGCUGCUGUUACGUCAGAUGCCCCUGCUGCCCGGAGCGCUGCUGCUGUCCCCGCGCACUAUAUGAGGCUGGAAAAAUGGUAAAGUCUGGCGUCCCCAGUCAGUACGCAGCCAGUAUGUACGCCCCAAGCAUGUACGGCCAGCCAGCUUAUGGAGUUGGCGGACCUGCGCCGGGCAUACCCAUGCUCCCUAUGCCAAUGGGUGCUCCUGGUCCUCUGUCCAAUGGAUAUGGCAGAGACUUUGAUGGAGCCAGCUCAGUUGGUCAAGGAUCUGAAGUGCCACUCCUGCAAGACCACGAUGGUGGAGGAACCCGUAGUGGAUACCGUGUUCAGGCCGACCAAGAUGGAAACCCAACUCGAGUGCUUUACUACAUGGAGCGAGAACUGGCCAACCUCGACCCCAGUCGCCCAAUAAAUGCUCCAGGCAAAUACAGUCGUUUGGAUGGUAUGAGCGAGGUGAGCUCACUUCAUGAUGGUCCAGACUCUCGAAAUCGCGGUCGGGCCAGACCACCUCAGCUUACCACAGUGUAUGAUGAUGUGGAUGAAAACAUGAGCACCAUCAGCAGCGUCUCUCAGCAUGUCCGACGGGAUGAGCCCAGGCGGGGAGUUGAGUCUCGAGGACGUGCACUCUCUGUGGAAAACUUGGACGAUAUCGGCCGCAAUUACAGAGAUUAUCCGCCUGCACGCCGAGAUGGUGGAGCUAGAGGCGGCACAAGAGAUUCGGAUGACGAGUGGAGCAGUAGUGGACGAGGAAACGACCGUGCAUUCGAUGACCGGCGACGCCGUGAUUACUCUCCUGACGCUCGUCCUCGGCGUGGAGACUCCUUCCGUGGGGUCGGUUUCCAGGGCCGGCGCAGCCGUAGUCGUGAUGACCUGACGGAUCUGGAGCGUGGCCGUGGUGGUCGGGAUGCAUAUGAUGACAGCUUCCUCAGGGAAGCCAUGGAAAAGAAGAAGCUUGGUGAGCAGCAGAGAGGCCGCAGCCGUGAGCGGCUCGACAGUGAGAGUGACCGAUCUGACCGCUACAGGGGGCAACACACCGGACCGCCUCCUCUGCCCCUCGCCCCACCUUCCGGAAACCCCAAUCGCCAUGGAAACCAUAGCAACUUCCCAGCUAUUCCCCCUCCCUACACUACGGACAGUGACAGUGUGGCAUCGUCCAAGAAGAGCAACUUAAAAAAGAAUGGAGCUGUGAGCAGAGAGAGUCUGGUGGUGUGAUGCUCAGGUGGAAACUGAUGUUUGUGUGUGUAUCUCAGUGAUGCAGCUGUGUGCGUUUCCUCUGCCCUUUCAUGUCACUUAUGCGCAUGUUUGUGUUUUGGCUUGAACACUGAGAGGUAUUUUUGUUUAUAUUCAGAUGUCUUGAAUUUUGAUGGGAUAUUUUAAUGGUAAAAAUUGUAUAUUCACAAAUAGUUCACAUUAUUUCACCAUAAUGCAGGCUCGUUUAUAAAUAUAAAAUGGCAGAUUUGAAACAACUGAUGAACUUUUUAUGGUUUGGUUCCUCCCAUUAACAUUAUUAACAGCAAGUACUCAAAAAGUAUGACUGCUGUCAUACUUGGCAUCAGCAGUUGUUUUUACUGACUGUCUGUUUUAUCUUCUGUAUGUUAAUAUACUUUAAUAGGUGGUUAUUUGUGACUUGGAAAAAACAGAACAGUAGAGCCUUUAAAGUUUUUCAGGUAUUGAGUUUUAAUUAUUUUAAUGUAACAUAAAGAAGUGAUCUUUGUAUGGACUGAAAUUCUAUCAUUUUUCCUGUAGCCUGAGGCAUCGUGCAUUUUCUGCAACUGGGUGAUUAAAUAAUGCUGUAUUUUUAUUUUUUAUUCACAUUUGAACUAGUAUGAAACACCCCUAAGUGUGCUAAUUUGUAAUGUAGUUUUUUUUAUAUAUAUAUACCUACAGUAAUACUCUAAUCUCAGAUUUGGUCAUACAGUAGUUUAUAAUUUUGCUAUUUUUGUACAGUCACAAUGUCAAUUUUCAAUAAAGCUUUUCUAUGGUA